ACAAAACUACGGGAACCUACCAUUUACACUUUGUUAGUCAAGUAGCAUUUUCCCAUCCAGAAAUAUGAGAAUGCCCAACUUGAUGGGUGAUUCCAUUUCUAUACUAAUUUGUCACUGGAUUGGUCCGUAAUCACAGGCAAUAUCUCAGAACUGGAUCGGCCAACGUUUGAACCCCGUGCAAAAGCGGGACGCGGUCAAAGUAAUUAGUGAUUUGUAUAGGAAAGAAAGAGAGCUCGAUCAAAAUCUUGGUUCUCUGCACAACCCAAAUCCUUUAUCUUUCUGGGUUCAGCUUAUUUUCAAGCAAUCCAUCUGCUUGCACUUUUCCAGUACAACAUUUUUAAGACAUAUUCACUAUUUACAAGCUUCAAUAAUGGAAUGAGAUUUUUCCUUUAAACAUAGAGAUUUGAGAACAUAUGGUUGAAUUUUUCUGGUGACUUGUAUUUAUGAUUGUUCAGACGUUAUAUCUUGUUGGUUCUUGGAUCUUUAUUUUUCAUUUGAACUUAUCAAAAAAAAAAAAAAAAUUCAUUUGAUGCCAUCUUCAAUGCUGUGUUAUGCAAUUACAGUUUGUUCCUCUGGUCCUAGAUACCUCGUGCAGAAUUUAAGGAUGGCUGCCUUAACCAGAAUUGGUCUUGCUGGCCUUGCUGUCAUGGGGCAAAAUCUAGCCCUCAACAUUGCUGAGAAUGGAUUCCCAAUUUCUGUGUAUAAUCGGACCACCUCUAAAGUUGACGAAACAGUAGAACGAGCCAAACGAGAAGGAAACCUUAUCUUAUAUGGUUUCCAUGACCCUGAAUCCUUUGUUCGUUCAAUCCAAAAGCCUCGUGUCAUAAUCAUGCUUGUAAAGGCCGGGGCUCCAGUUGAUCAAACCAUCAAAACCCUCUCGGUUUACAUGGAGAAAGGAGACUGUAUCAUUGACGGUGGUAAUGAGUGGUAUGAGAACACUGAGAGGAGGGAGAAAGCCAUGGCUGAAUGGGGUUUACUUUAUCUUGGAAUGGGAGUUUCGGGUGGAGAAGAGGGUGCUCGCCAUGGGCCGUCUUUGAUGCCUGGAGGUUCCUUUGAGGCCUACAGGCACAUUGAAGAUAUCCUUCUUAAGGUGGCUGCCCAGGUUCCUUAUAGUGGACCGUGUGUUACUUACAUUGGUAAAGGAGGAUCAGGGAACUUUGUCAAGAUGGUUCACAAUGGGAUUGAAUAUGGUGAUAUGCAGCUAAUUGCAGAGGCCUACGAUGUUCUUAAAUCAGUUGGAAAGCUUUCGAAUGAGGAAUUAAGCCAUGUUUUCUCAGAAUGGAACAAGGGAGAGCUUUUGAGCUUCUUGAUUGAGAUUACUGCAGAUAUAUUUAAAAUCAAGGAUGACAAGGGAGAAGGUUAUCUAGUGGACAAGGUUUUGGAUAAAACUGGCAUGAAGGGUACUGGUAAAUGGACAGUUCAGCAAGCUGCUGAGUUGUCAAUUGCAACCCCCACCAUAGCAUCUUCUUUGGAUGCCAGGUUCCUCAGUGGUCUGAAGGAGGAAAGGGUUAAAGCAAGCAAAGUUUUCAAGUCAAGUGGCAUUGGCAAAGGUCUUACAGAUCAAGCAGUGGAUAAGGCAAAAUUGACUGAUGAGGUGAGGCAAGCACUUUAUUCAUCCAAAAUAUGUAGCUAUGCCCAGGGAAUGAACUUGAUACGUGCAAAAAGCAUUGAAAAAGGUUGGGACUUGAAACUAGGGGAGCUUGCUAGGAUUUGGAAGGGCGGUUGCAUCAUCCGUGCCAUGUUUUUGGACCGCAUCAAGAAAGCCUAUGACAGAAACCCAGAUCUUGCCAACCUACUUGUGGAUCCAGAGUUUGCAAAGGAGAUCAUCGAGCGACAGUCUGCUUGGCGAAGAGUUGUCUGCCUUGCUAUCAAUGCAGGUAUUAGUACUCCGGGUAUGUCCUCUAGUCUUGCUUAUUUUGACACAUUCAGGAGGGAGAGGCUGCCUGCUAAUUUGGUCCAAGCUCAAAGAGAUUACUUUGGAGCUCAUACAUAUGAGAGGAUUGACAUACGAGGAUCCUUCCAUACUGAAUGGUUCAGGAUUUCUAGACGGUCAAAGAUCUGACUGCCUGUGGUGGUCUACUGAUGGAAUCAUUGGAAUGUCGUCAGUAAUGUAACAACAUUUAUUGAGAGACUGGUAAAUUGGGAUAUCAUCCUAUCAUCUGUUCAAGAUAGGUUUUAUCAAAUCCUUUCAAUAUUCUGGAGAUAGUUCUUGUUGAUCUGUUUGUUGUGAAGAUCGUUCUUGAGCAAUUAAAUUUUGUAAUGUUAAUUAUGCAAUCCUACAUUAAAGGGUUAUUUUAACAUUGUUCCAUGUUUUAUAUGUUAAAAGGAUUAUUUACUAGAAGAAUGGAUUCUCACUGUCUCGAUGCUUUUUUCUCC